AAGUGUGUGUGAGAAGUGUGUGUGCAGCCAGUGCGGCGGAGGUCUGUGAUAGAGAGGGAGCGCUCGGUUCGAACCUCGUCGCUUUGUGAGCUGUGAGAGAGUCCAGAGUCUGCUCUCACGUUUUAGUUUGUCACCUGAAGAGGAGAUAAAAGGAGGAAGAGGAGAAGGAGUAGAAGGACGACGGCUUCAUAUCGCCUCAGUUCGGUCGCCGUCUCUCUCGGGGAUGUGAAGAUGCCAUAUUCUUCAUCUCCCCUCCCUACGGAAACCCUGAUCCCCCCGGACUUGUUUGCCACCAGCUCAGACUCCGUCGAGCUGUUCGCCGCCGACAGCGUCGCUGUCAGUAACAGCAGCCUGCGAUGCACCUACAAGGAGGACUUCAAGCAGAUUUUGCUCCCCACCGUGUACUCGGUCGUCUUCCUACUCGGACUUCCCCUCAACGCCGCCGUCAUCCUGAAGAUAUUUGCCACGAGGCGCAGUCUGUCCAAAAACAACAUCUACAUGCUGAACCUGGCCAUCGCUGACUUCCUCUAUGUCAUGUCCCUUCCUCUGCUCAUCUACAACUAUGGCAGUCAUGACUACUGGCCCUUUGGAGAGUUCGCCUGUAAACUGGUCCGGUUUCAGUUCUACAGUAACCUGCACGGCAGCAUCCUCUUCCUCACCUGCAUCAGCGUGCAGCGCUACGUCGGCAUCUGCCAUCCUCUCUCCACGUGGCAGAAGCAGGGCGGCCGGAGGCUGGCGUGGUGCGUGUGCGGGGGGGUGUGGGUGGUGGUCACCGUCCUGUGCCUGCCGACCUUCCACUUCGCCGCCACGGGAACCCAACGCAACCGCACGGUGUGCUACGACCUGAGCACGCCCACGCGCUCGCUGGAGUACUAUCCGUACGGCAUGGCUCUGACCUGCCUGGGCUUCUUGCUGCCUUUCGUGGGCGUGAUGGUGUGCUACUGCCGCAUGGCGCAGAUCCUCUGCCGCCCCGUGUCUUACCAGGGCGUCACCAUAGCGACCGGGGAGAAGCGGGACAAGGCGGUGAGGAUGAUCAUACUGGUGGCGACGGUGUUCUGCAUCAGCUUCCUCCCGUUUCACCUCACCAAGACCCUGUACCUGGUGGUGCGGACGCUGUCCGGCGCGUCGUGCGACACGAGGAACUUGUUCUCGAUCAUCUAUAAGAGCACCCGGCCGUUUGCCAGCAUGAACAGCUUCCUGGACCCCAUCCUGUUUUACUUCACGCAGCCUCGCUACCGCCGCAGCACCAAGCGGCUGGUGCUCAGAGUCACCACGCUGAGGGACAAGGGCACCAACGUGUGACGAGCCACGCAAGUCCCAAAAUCCAUAGCGCCAUCAAUUUGUGGUUCGUGCGAUAUUCUGAGUUAGUGUUCGUGGAAGGAACGGGAGAGGAGAACAGUUUGAGGUGUCAGUUUUGGAGCUCAUUCAUUAACGAAUGUAAAUGUUCAAAGAAGUGCUGGGAGCAGAAUGUCAUCCUCCUCCAGCAACAGUGUCACUGACAAGGAAUUCCUGCAGCGCUGCUUUCAGUUCUUUGUUCUUGUGACGCUGGUUUGGUUUCCCCUGCAGACUACCUUCAGAAGCCUCAAAUCAAACACAGCUUUUUGGGGGGGUUAUUCAUGCAUGAUGAAAAACUCUCUAGCUUCCUGCUCCUUUCAUUCACACCAGGUCCCAAACUGUUUGUGUGCACUUCACUGUUCACUGUGGGAUUGUGGGCAUUUUGUUUUUUGUUUUUUUCGCCCUUGUCGUCUGCGUUUCACUGCCAUAGCUGAGAUUUACUGCAGCCUGUAAUCUUCGAUCCGACUGUAAACACCCUGCAGUGACCAUGCAGCUUGUUUCCUCUCAUUCUCCGCCGUGCACCGGCCUCUCCAGUGAAGUGAAUGUUUCUCUGUGAAUGAUCCGGUUUCUCCAUUUGUUCUACACUGUGAAGCGUGCAGUAAAACACAAAUGCCAUGUGAUUAUGUGAGCGUGGGCAGGUGCAAUGUUGAAGUGGCUCAAGAGUGAAGGACGGAGCAGGCAAAGUAGAUUUAUGACUUAAAUUCACAUGAAAUACUUAAAGCUGCAGCAGCUGUUUGUUUAUGAGUGCAUGCAAGAACUGCAUGAAGUGCGUGUGUCGUGUACUAAAUGACAAAGAACAAAAGUGAAACUGCACGUGGAUUUUACAUCAACAGAAUGCCACUUUUGAAUAUGAAGGUCUCUGCUCUUGUUAUUUAAAGAUGACUCUUUUCAAUGUGUCUAAGCUGAAAGAAUUGUCGUUGCUGUUUUUUACCACUGGGUGGUGUUUGCAUCCUACUGUACCUUUCUGCUCACUGAAGCUAUUUUCCCUCUGUAGUGGAGCAUGGAGCUGCUUGUAUUGAUUAUGCAGUUGAGCCACUGGGUUUUUUUUUUUUUUCUAGAGUUAGCAUUUUCUCUUCAUGUAGCUAAUGUCAAAGCCUUUUUAAUUGGUAGGAGUUCAUGGAACAGAAGAAUUAGGAACUUUAGAUUCUAGUCUUAAUUGAGUGUCCAUCUUUUCUCCCAUGAUGACUGUAAGUUUUUCACAUGUAAUAAUAAUGAUCUAUUCAAGAAAAAUGAAUGUUUCAUGUGAGAAUAGAGGCUUUUGCUAAAAUGAGUUUAACUGGAUAUACUACAAACUAGUUGAUGCAAUUAAAUAAAUGUGGUUUUUUUUAGCCGUUUUGUGCUUUUUGUCAGUUUUUUUUAAGUAACCGAGUUACUGGUGUUGAUAUUAGAGUUCAUGAAAUGAACAUAUAUGUUCAGAUAUUAUUUUUUUUCUUGAAAGUUUUUUAAUGCUAUGAAAGAAAUUUAGAAAUAAAUAUUUUUUUGGACCGUUUUAGGUUUUUUUUCUUUUUGGUAAACAACUCCUUUUGUGAAUGUCUCAAGAUUUGUGUUUGUUUCUACACAUUGAGGAAAAAUGCCUCUUGGUUUAAAACAAUGUGUUUAAUGUCAGAAUUAGUAAAACCUGGUGAAUAACCUGAUGCCAUCUGUCAGCAUCAGGUACAUCAGUUUAAUGUGAAGACUUUUUUUUGGUGCAUAUAGAAGCAUGAAACCGUUUGACCACAAACUGAGGUCUUGUGCUUGAGAUUGCUAGAAGUUAUCUAAUGUGUCUGUGUUUGUACAAAGUGUACCGAAUCUAUUACGCUGUUGAAAAUCUCUGCACUGGCUUAAUGUUCCCGUGUCUGUUUGGUACAUUUUUUAUGUCUUAAUGCAUGAAAACAGUCUGUGUGGAAAUUCUGACGUCUGUGCAAUGUGCCAACAUAUUUGUAUCUGCCAGUAUUAUCAUUUAGAUUUUUUUAAGUACUGUAAAAAAAGAAUUCAUAUGGAAGAUAGAUUUAUUUUUGCUACAGAGAGGCCGUCAUAUUAAUAGAAAAAAAGCUUGUUUAUAUUUUUUUUUCAAUGAUUCAAACUUUAUUGUCAUGAUGCUUAGAUGUUAGACUAACGAACAGGAACAGAUAUUAAACCAUGCAAGUCACAUAGCAUUUUGGCAUGUAUAGUAUAUUUAUAAAG